AACUGACCCCCGCGCAGCUAGAUCUGCAGCGCGUACGUGUGGUCUUCGGGCUUGAAGUUGAACAUGUGCCAUAUCCACGCACGCAAUGCGCAAUUGGAGUACGAAUCGAAGUUCACCCUCGACCUGCCAAACUGCAGCACGCUCUGGCGCCCCCAUACGCUCGACGUCAACUCGGCCAUACGCCACGCGAUCCGGCACAGUCCUCUCGGCUAUCUCACUUUCCCACAUAGCGACCCUCCCAACCUCGAUCGCGCUCUCCACGCGACCGAGCGCAUCGAUCCCGCAACCGCUCUGCCCUUCGAGAUCGUGUCGAAGAUCUUCGUGCACGUAUACGGGGCCGCACCCCUAUUACGGCGCUCUGACCAGAUCGCGCACACGGUUGCGUGUGUGAACCCGCAGUGGCGCGACAUCGCGCUCGCAAGCCCCGCGCUCUGGGCGACCAUCUCCGUCGGGAACUGGACGGGGCGAACGGGCGACUAUACCGCACUGGCCCUCGCGCGCAGCAAGGGGACGCCCAUCACGGUCGCCUGCAUCUCGCAGUCCGACAGCGUCUUUGAGGAAUUCAUGGGCUUGGUGCUGCCUCAUAUCGCGCGGUGGCGCACCGCCAUCCUCUUGUAUCCCUGAACACGUCACCUAGCCCUAUCGCCUAUGGGCCGCACUUCGAGUCCGCGUUCAUCGAUGUUCUACCCUCGUCGUACAUCAAGGAUUUCACCUUCCU